CUAAUGUGUUUUCAUGUUUCAUUUAAUGAAGAUAGAAGACGAGUCAUGUCAGAAGAAACAGUCAGCGAAUCACGGUUUUCCUUGAAGACAGCAGCGCUGAGAGUGUUUGAUCUUCCUCUGUCUUGGUACUAUUCUCUCUCCCAGAUCAAAUUUUCACCAGGGAUUAAAAAAUUGUUCGUGGUAACUGCAUUGAGUGCUGUAUCUGUAAUUUUUCUGGCCCAUCACUUUAAAAGAAGACGUGGAAAGAAGAAAGGAAAAACAUUACCUUGGCAACCAGAGCACCUCAUACUUGAAUACACUAAAAGAGCAGCAUCAGACAAAGGGUCAAGUUGUUCCAGCAGUAGACAGAAUUUGACAUUGUCUUUGAGUUCUGCCAAAGACAAAGGAUCUCAGUCUUGUAACUAUGCUAAUGGAGGACUUUUCAGUAAAUACUCAGGUUCUGCACAAAGUUUGGCCUCUGUCCAGAGUGUCAAUUCAUGUCAUAGCUGUGCUUGUGGCAACUCUAAUUCCUGGGACAAAGCAGACGAAGAUGAUAUUAAACUUGUUAAUAUUCCUGUGACCACUCCUGAGAACUUAUAUUUGAUGGGUAUGGAAUUGUUUGAAGAGGCAUUGCGUCGAUGGGAACAAGCACUAACUUUUCGUAAUAGACAGGCUGAAGAUGAAGCAAAUUGUAGUGCCAUUAAACUGGGUGCAGGAGAUGCCAUUGCUGAAGAAAAUGUAGAUGAUAUUAUUAGUGCUGAGUUUAUCCAUAAACUUGAAGCUCUGCUGCAAAGAGCAUAUCGUCUUCAGGAGGAAUUUGAAGCCACCCUUGGGGCAUCUGAUCCUAAUUCACUUGCUAAUGAUAUUGAUAAAGAUACAGAUAUCACCAUGAAGGGGGAUGUAGGUGACUUUGGCCUGCGAGACACUUUGAGCAUCGCAUCAACCGAUUCAUUUGCUUCAGCAGCAGAGCUUGCAGAACACAGAGAAGUACGGCAUACCUACAGUCUAGAGUCUCUUUGCCACUGCCCUUUUUACGAAGAAGCCAUGCAUUUAGUUGACGAAGGAAAAAUUUACUCAAGAGUACUUAGAACUGAAAUGUUGGAGUGCCUCGGAGACAGUGAUUUUCUUGCCAAACUUCACUGUAUUCGACAGGCUUUUCAGGUAAUUCUUUCAGAAACAGCCAACAGGAUGUUCCUUGCUGAGAGUGGAAGGAAAAUUUUAUCAGCUUUAAUUGUGAAAGCACGAAAGAAUCCAAAGAAGUUUGAAGACGUUUUUGAUGAAAUGAUCUAUUUUUUAGAGCAGACUGAUCACUGGGAUAGUACUGAAAUGGAACUAGCUGCUACAGGGGUGAAAAAUCUAAAUUUUUAUGAUGUUGUUCUGGAUUUUAUAUUAAUGGAUUCCUUUGAAGAUCUAGAAAACCCACCCACAUCCAUACAGAAUGUAGUAAAUAAUCGCUGGCUAAACUCCUCCUUCAAAGAAACCGCUGUGGCUUCAAGUUGUUGGUCAGUACUGAAACAGAAAAGGCAACAGAUGAAGAUCCCAGAUGGAUUUUUUGCCCAUUUUUAUGCCAUUUGUGAGCACAUCAGCCCUGUGCUAGCCUGGGGCUUUUUGGGUCCUAGAAAUUCUCUUUAUGAUUUAUGUUGCUUCUUUAAGAAUCAAGUUGUUUUCUUUCUCAAAGACAUUUUUGAUUUCGAGAAAGUACGCUAUUCAAGUAUAGAGACUUUGGCCGAAGACCUCAUGCAGUUACUUAUUCGCCGCACGGAACUUUUAAUGGCCUGUCUUGGAGCAGAUGCACUGAGGCAUACGAGUAGCUGUAUAAGUAGUCAUGGACAUGUUAUGUCCAGCGGGCUAUUGGAAGCCAGAGUACAAUAAGUACCGUAAGAAUCAUAUAAUUUGAGUGUGCUAUGAAAUACUUUAAAGUAACUAUUGAUUUUGUAACACGUAUUACAAAAUCAACAAAAUUGGUAAAUGUGGACUCAGGGAGGAAAAACAAUCUAGUAAAGAAUGAAUGACUGUACUGUACUUGAAGUUCUGUCAUUGAAUCCCUGUGUAGUAUAUCCAAAGCAGUUUUUUAUAACCUUUAGGUAACAAUUCAGGUUGUGAAAUCUGUAUUUCCCAAAAACGUUGCUUGAAUUGAAGCCAAUACUUGCAAGUUAAUUGAUUUGUCUUCUUGAAGCUGUCUGAAAUGUCCAGUAUCAUUCUCAAAAGCUUUGUUUUUAUGCUUUGUGCCUAAAAAAUAGACACUUUAGCCAAGACUUUUAUGGCUCACACAUGUAAGAAUAUAUUACUGCUAGUGUCAGUGUAUUUAACUUUGCCUGAAAAUGUAUUUUUGAUUGUAAAGUUAUUCAUUUGUAUAACCAAGUUUAGUCUGUAGUUGUGUUUAAUAUGUACUGCUUACAAUAUUGCUUGUGCGUUUGCUUAUGUAACUGAAUUAAAGAAAUUGUAAUGGCUGAGUAUCAUUAUAAAACAUUUAAAUGAAUUGACACUGAGAAGUUUACGAUUUCCAGCUUUUAAUUAGAUUUACUGCAGUUUCCAAAAUAUAUUACUGCUGGUCCUAUAAGUUACAAAAGAGAAACUGAAGAACUUUAUUUAUUUAUUUAUUUAUUGGUGCAUUUUUCCCUUGACUGAAUAUUGAUUGAAAAGGUAACAUUUAUUAACUAAGACAGGCAAUUAAAUUUUUUUCUGUAUAGUUUUGAGACUGUUUCCCAGAAUGUGAUGGUAUUAAUCUUGGUACAGUAAAAUAACUUCCCCUUUCUCCUUCUACAAAACUGACUUUUAGUUAUUCCCACAGAGAAUUUAACAUGCUGGGAAUUUGUCAUAUUAUGACCACAGUUUAAAAAUACUCAUACUUAAAUCUUAGUAUGGUUUUAAAGUAGGUGUUUUUCUCCCUUGAAUAUAGAACAAAAAAUAUUUUUAAUGGUAUAGAAGUAUAUUACCUGUCCUUUAUGAUGAAUGUGUGUAUGAAAGGAUUGUUCAUGAGUAAGAUUCUUCUUCAGAGUAUAUUAGACACUUUAAGAGUGGCAUUCACUUACUUGGAGUGGCUGAUUCAGUAUAUGAAUGGAUUGGAUUUCUUAAUUUUGCUCCUGAAGUAGGCUGUCUUCAUUUUAGGAGUUAAUUACCCAGAAAGAUAUAAAAUACAUUUUUUAAAAUACAUUUUAGAUUAAAGUGCCUAGUUUCUGAUUAAUGAAUAGAAAAUUAAUGGUGGAAAAAAAGCAUAAUCUUUUAAGAUUUUAAAUAGUUGUAUGUGCCAUAUUUAUGUAAUGUUAGUUCCUUUAUCUUGUUUGCAUGUGUUCCAUUACAUGUAGGUUAUAUCAUUAAACUAAUUAAUAUGAAGUAUUGCUCUAAAAGUUUUUGAGUAUAUAGCUCCUUGACUUUUCUUGCAUAUAUUCUUAAUUUAACAAUUGGCUAUUCGUAAUUCUUAUUAUUGAUGGAGGAGUAUCAUUAGAAGUACCAAAACUAAAAAUUCCAUUAGAUAAUGUUUUACUUUUAAUUUAGUAUUUUGUAUUUUUACCUUGUUGUUAAGGUACCAGUAACCUUGAGUGAUACAUACUCAUCCACACACAGGUGCACAAACACACAUUCACAUUACUACAUAGGCAAGACAGUUAUUGCUUAUGUUAAUUUACUCAUUUUUGGCCUAAAUGUUUUAAGCUGUAGUUUAUAGACAAAGUUACAAAUAAACUUCAUUUUUUAAUUUGCAAUCAGUGUUGAAAAAUUGCACUAUUUAAUGAUGCUGCUUCUACAUAAAAUAACACGAGGGAAUUUAUUUCAUUAGAUAAGAUGAAUGACUUUCCAGAGGUAUUGUAUUUCCCUUUUACAUUUCACCAUUUGAAAAAAAAUUUGCCUCUAUUUAGGAAGUUGAUUUGGUUUCUGAUCAGUUCAGUAGCUAUGACUUUAGCAAGAUGCUUCCUUUGUGGCCUUUGACAAGAGGGACGAGAGUGCCCAAAUAGGAUUUCAGGGCAAAAAGUACAGGAAAAACCUCUAUUGUAAAAGAAGAAACUUGACUUUUAAGUUUCUAAGAAGAACAUUUCUGAUAGCAGAAAGAUACUUAAUACAUAUAUACCAAUUUCCAUUUGCCUUAAAAUUGGGUUAAACAGUAAAAGCAAUGUUUUAAAAAACAAUAAAUGAUUAAACUAGUCUAGAGCCUUUUACAGUGAAAUGCUAUUUAAAACUUACUCAAGGUGGUGUUAUCAGAAAAAUGUCAUUGCCACUUUGAGUCCUACCAUCAACUUCCAUGUGUAAGUUUUAAGAGAGUCUUGAAUUAGUUCUAAGAAAAUGGCUUUUUUUCUUCUGUUUUCUAGAAGUAAAAAGAUAAAUGUUCAGGUGAUUUAUUCUUCGUAUUUCUACUUUUUUUAAUAUUGGUUUUCCUAUAUUUUUGUUCAACUAAAAGGCUACUUAUUUCUUCUUGAAGCUUAACAGUAUGUUUAUUAAAUGUCAAGAUGGGAUUAUCUUUUGAAAAAGAAAAGUUUUCCGUGCGAGAAUCAGCUCCAAAGAACUUCCUCUCUCUUAUUCAUAAAGUAGUUCGUUAUUUGCAUCCGUUUACUAUGAUUCUAUUACUUUGUUAAAUUACCUGACUAUGAAAAAAAUUACAAACUUUUUCUUGCAUGAAGAUGUAACAUUUUCUACUUAAUUACCAAAGGAGUUAUUAUUUACAUUAGAAAAGGAUUCUUUAGUUUAUCAUUUCUUUAAGCCUAGGAAAUAGGAAUGCCAAAAUAACAAUGUACUUCUCUGUGACCUUUCAUUAUAAGAAAUGUUAGAUUAUGUUCAUAAUCCAUUUGCUUUUAUUUUAAUGUGAAUACUUAUUAGGAAAUUAAUGUAAAUUUCCAAAUGAUUGUAAAAAUUAGGCUGAAUUUAAGUUUUGUUUUUUGCUUAAUCAAAUUUAGAAAUAUCUCUUUAUGUGGGACUUAAUGAUUUUUGUAAUCUGUGAUUAAUGGAAAUAAGGACAUCCUUAUUUUGUGCAUAGUGAUUAUGUUAUAUUAUUGUUUUGAUUCAUUUGAGGACAACCAUGUAUUAGCUUCACUUGGCUGAUACCAGUAAAUGUUUCGGUUUCCUAAAUGUAAAGACUGUACUCAUUAAUUCGUGUAAAAGUAAAACACUGCGGUAACAGAAAAAAAUAACACUGGCUCUUCAAUCAAAAUAAGCACUGUAAUUCACAUGGAUGUAUUUCUGUUACUGCCAAAUAAAAUAGUGAUGUUAUGUACAUCUUGCUGAUGUACUGAAUAUUUUUUUCCAUUUGCUAAUAUUUUACUUUAAAAUUGCACGUUACUAUUUAUAACAGUUCAGGUUUUCAAUUUUAGUAGUAUUUUUGUCAAGUACUGGUGUCAAUGUUCUACUGAUUUUGUAAAAGGAAUCUCUGAUUUUUCCUUCUUCAUGCUGUGAAACAAUUUAAAUGUUAUCAAAAUCAUCUUUUCCUUGAUAGUUUAAAAGAAUUCACCUGUAAUACCAUCAGGGCUUGGUG